AUGGCCGAGAAUCAAGCGUUUGGAUUUCCUCAUCAGAACAACCCACAGUCUGGUUCGAGCACCAAUAGUCCACGCCUUUUGCCCAUUCGCAAGAAUGCCUGCAUUGUAUGUGGCAUAUGCUUUACGUGUUCCAAGUACUAUGGAGAAGAUUGUGUAUGCAACGAGAUCCAGCCACGACGCGGCAAGAAUCUUCCAGAGGGUACACUUGAUUCGAGGGCCAAAAAGCUACAUCCACAGGACAAGGACGAUUACGAGUUUUCCAUGAAAUGGCUUACUGAUCAUGCACAUGGGAUGCAUAAGGACGAGCAUGGAGUUGUGGUGGGUCUCAGCGAUAUGGCACAAGUGUCUCUUUGCAAGGCACAUAGCAGCACAUUGUACCGCGCCCAAAAGAAGCACGAACGUAGCAAACAGCAGCCUUCCCUUCCACCGCCUACUAUCUCGCCUCCGCCAGAGUAUAACGGAUUUAUGGAUAUGGAUUAUCAUCGCCCAAUGGAUUAUUACCAUCAUCAUCAUCACCAUCCUCCUCCUCCUCCUCCUCCACAAUCAGCACCUUAUCAACCCAUGAUGAUUGAUGGCCGUAGUAGUCUGGCUGCAAGAGUACGCAAUAUGGGACGCAUUGAACAGUAUCAUGGAGAGCCACCUGAUUUAUCCAACAUGUCGAGUUCAACAUCUCUCAAACGCAAACGCAUUGAAGGUGCUGCACGAUCCAGCGCAUCUACGCCACUUUUAGCACAUCCGUACACAUCACCCUCGUCUCCGAUACCCCACGUAGAUAACAACAAUAACAACAACAACAACAACGGUAGCUGCUUUUCAAUGCAUCAACUUCCACCAUUGCAACAGCAACCACCACCGCCACCACCACCAUCUGCAGGUCCACAUCAUCCAUUACCACAUCAUCAUCAUCAUCCACCUCCACCUCCUCAUCAUCCUCAUCAUCAUCAAGCACCAUCUCCACGUAAUCCUACAGCUUCCAUGUCAGCUCUACCAUUACCACGACAAUAUCAACCUUCAUCCGAUGAUGGUAUUCCUGGUGGUUUAAGUAGAAGAAUGUCGUCUCCUCAAUAUCACUUUCAACAAUCACCACCUCCAGGUCCUGCUCCUUUUGCAUCGUGUUCAUCAUCUUCAUCGCCAUCUUUGGAUGCACCCAGUGUGGAUACAGUUUCUUUAAAGAGCAGCAACACACAACAACCCACUUACUACGUUCGCAACCUGGCCAUUACGGAUUUAUUCACUUUUCGUGAUCUACUGACCGAAGUGGAGAUGAUUGGAUCGCCACCAGCAGGCAAACGUAUUGUGAUAUCGGAUGAAAAGAAUGAGAGGAUCUAUCCCAUGGAUCAGCCUAUUCGCAGUGUCAUUCGACGUCCUGUUUCUACACAUGUUGAACUUUGUCUUGGUCUUAAAGAUACGCCAUCAAUCGAUUGGAGCACGUAUACCUCAUGA